GAGCUGGGCCGAAGCCGCGGGCGCUCACCGAGGACGAGCAGCGCGUGUGGCUCGGGCUCAGCGAUGAGGAGUUCCGUUCCCUCAGUGGUGUGCUUACCCAGUCACAGCGUGACAAGUUGCUGCACCGCCGCGCCAUGGCGGAAUCUGGGCUGGCGCAGCCUGCCUGGGACGCCUGGCAAGCCUCGCAGGAUGUCAGCUCGCUCUCCAACCAGCUGCUGGGAGCCCGCGGUCGCCUCCAGAAGCUGGAGCAGGCGGCCACCGACAUCAUGGUGCAGGUUGCCGACCAGCGGGAGGCGGUGCGAGGCCUGGAGGAGGAGUACGCCGCCGCCAGGGCGCGCGCCUCCGUGGCUUUGGCGCCAGGGGCGGCGCAGCUCGGCCCAGAGCGGUCGCGGCCCUGGUCGAGGCUUGCGAGCGGCUCCUCGGGGCUGUCGUGGGGGCUGCGGCCGGAGCGGGCGCGGCGCCUGGGAUGGGCGCGGGACCUGCUGAGCGUGCUGAUGCGGAGCCUGCGCGUGGGGCCUCGCCAGCAGCUGUACGACAGCCUCAUUCCCCAGGCGGCGGGCAGGAGGUGGCCGCGGCGCUGUGUCGGCAGACCCAGGAGUUCGCUGCGGCAUCAGGACAUCCUGGAGGACAAGCCUGGGACGCGGCAGGUGCCGACGACUCCGACUCGGACGAGCCCAUGGCUCCCCCCCCACGUGCCCUUGCCGCUGGGGGGCAGCUCCUCGUGGCGGUGGACCAGCGGGUGCAGGACGAAGCCACAAGGGCUCUCGCUCGGGCUACUGACCAAGGGAGGCUGCCCGACGCAAGGGGACGCAGCCGUUCCCAGGGGCGAGACCCAGAGGUGUAGUCGGCGCCCGCUGGGGGCGCUGCCCGCGCCCACGCUGCGGGGCGCCGCGACGCCCGCGGGGCCAGGCCGCGGGGGUAGCCACCAUCUGGAGCUGGACAGCGGCACGUCCAGCGACGAGGUGGGCCAGAAGUUGGGGGCACCCUUUGAUUGCCCCGUCAGGGCCAGCGAGGCGGCGUCCGUUGACCCAGCGGGCGCCACAUCCCGUCCAAACCCUUUGUCGGAUCGGCAAGAAUUACGGCGAGAACGCGAAGCUGGAGAUGGUCCUACGGCGUCUUCAGCUUCACCCAAGUGUUGGAAGUUCUGCACCUGCAAUACCACCAGCUGGAGCAGCGUGCAGUGGUUCCUCGAGAAUGAGUGCGACGCCGACGUGGUCAUGCUGCAGGAGGUGGCCAUUGCUCCUGAGCUGCAGCCUGAUCGUGAAGCAGCAGUAGGUCGCCUAGGUUGGAAGGCCAAGGUUGCGCCCUCUCGGGACACGGGAGGAGGCCUCUCAGGGGGCGCGUUGGUGGGCACGUGGCCUCACAUUGGCCUCUGCGAGGCUCCUGUCCCGAAGCGCCCUUGGCCCUCUGAGCGGGUUCUCCUCAUGUGGGUCAACGGCUUGGUUCCUGGAGGCUUUAUUGCAGGGUCGGUUUAUUUGGUCUCUGGCGGGGGCCUCGAUGACCAGAGCUUUCUGAUCCUGAAGCAGCUGGGCGAGGCCUUGAGGGCCAUGGGGCAGCCGUUCAUUCUCGGGGGUGACUGGAACGUGGUCUCAGGCAAGCCGUGCGCCUUGGAGUUGCCCUCCCUCAAGCUGCCCAAGCAGUUCCCGCUAGAGCUCCCCUUCGGUCCUCGCCCGUUAGGUAAGUCAUGGGAGGCUGUGCGCACCAUCGUCGAUGAUGUGAAUAGCGAAUUCGACCUGCCGUCUGCCUACCUCUCGUUCUGUGACGCCGCAGAGGACGAGCUCUCUCUCCUGCACGGUCUGGAGACGAGUGAAGCUAGGAAAGGGCAGUGCGAGUCUCGGGACGCCUUGGGUCUUCGGCGCAAGCUUCUGGAUUGGUCGGGGCGACUCAAGCUGGACCCGGUCUGGAACACCUUCAGAACGGAUCUUGGGACCCUGGAUAUACACCCCGAUCUUAACCUGGAGUCAUUCAUCGUCAGGGCCCAGAGCGAGGCCCACAGGAUCGAAAGCAUCUUCGCGAAGUCCAGGGCCAAGAACUGGCGGGGGCACGUUGCUCGUUCUGUACAAG